UGCGGUGUUUUACGGAUAUGAGUUUCCGUAAAAUUAGCAGUAGUUUAUUACUAGUUAUAAUUCGUGUUUUAUCAUGGCCACUCAAGAAUAUUCAGUCAAACUUGGAAAUCCAGACAACAAAGAGUAUAAUAUAAUGAGAUUCAAGCCACCACACAAUUGUGACCUUCAGCAACUCACUAAUCCCAAGUUGGAUCGCCAAGAGACAAAGGAACAGGACGAGGGAAAGGUUGAGCGAGUCCUUGAAGGAGAGGGAACAGAGUACAGGCAGAAGGAGAGAGAGGACGCCAAGAGAAGGAGGCGUGGCUUUCGUGCUAGGAAAGCCAACCCAGCUGAUCAGCCAUGGAUACUCAGAGAACACAAGAAAGGAGGAAAACAUUUUAUAGGACGUAAGGAAGGUGGGAUUAACAGCAGUGCCUCUUAUUACCUCCUGUCUCUUGGAGCCAAUAACUCAUUUGAAGCUUAUCCCAUUUCAAACUGGUAUAACUUUGUACCUCCUGUCAAAUAUAAUUAUUUGAAUGACGAGGAGGCAGAAGAGAGAUUUGAGAAGAGACACAAGACACUCAAUUAUUUCUCGAUUAUGAUGAGCAAGAGGAUCAAGGAGAAGACAGAAGAUGAAACUGACCCACUGACAGUCACAUCAAAAGCUGCCAAGGACUCUGAUUCAGAGGCUGAGUUUUCAUCAGUUGGGAGUGACACUGAUGAUAAACCCAAAUCUUCCAGUAAAGGAAAGAAAGGCAAGAAAGGAGAUUCUAAGAAGAAAAGGAAAGCCUCAGCAGCUGUUAAGAAUGAUGACAGCGAGGCAGGAGAAGAGACUGAUGAAGGUGACAUGGAAUCACAAGAAAUGGAUUAUUAUUCAACCACCAGCUCUGAUGGAGAAGAGGAAAGACUUCUCAAAGAGGUGAAGGAGCAGCCAAGAGAUGAUGCUGAAGUUGAGAGGAAGGAGGAAGGAGGGAUUGAUGAAGUGUUUGGGGAUAAAAGCUCAUCUUCAUCUGAUGAAGGAGAGGACCUAACUGAAAGUGGAAAAGAGUUGAAGGCAAUUAUACGCAAGCAAGAACCAGUCAAAGAAGAAGAAGAAGAAGAAUUGGAGUCUGAAGAAGAAAGCAAAGAAUCCAAUCAGAAAACUUCAAGUCCGUCAAAAGGGAGUGCUGGUAGUACAAAGAGAGUGUUGGAGUCUCCAUCAGUGGAAGGACCAUCAAAGAAGAAGAUCAGGAAAGAGGAGGAGGAGAAACAGCCCAUAAGACCAGAUAGGAUCACCACUCAUGAGGUGUACAAGUAUUUAUCAAGGAAGCCAAUGACUUCUAAAGCAUUGAUGAAGAAAUUCAUAAAGUUAAAGCCAGAAAUGGAUAAAGACUCCAUUACAGGAGCUCUUGCUGCUAUACUUAACUCAUCAAUGUCACUGAUAGAGACACAAGUGGUUGAUAAGAAGAAGAGAUAUUCCAUUCGCUCUAAAGGAGACUCAUAGCAGUCUCCAUCAAUCCACUUAGUACUUGUGAAGUUGUGAUAAACUUUUUAAAAGUGGACAUUAUUGUAUUUCAAUGAAAUAACAUGCUAACAUUAUCAUGCUAUUAUACCAAAAACUGUAAAUUUAAGAUAAAUUAGUACAAUCACUAUUUUCUAAAAUAAA